UAGUUUGACAAAAGUUGAACCGGUUGCCAAGCCAACCAACCAAGCUAACCACAUUUAAUCAAGCGCCACCUGUUGGGUAUCACGGGCAAUCUAUUCUGAAAAACGAGCAUUGACCUAGAUGUUUAUCGCUAUGAAAUCAAAACAUUUGAUCACGAAUCGAGUGUGAAUUGGAAAUAAAUGCUAAACCCUCACUUUUAACGUCUCAACGAUAGGUUCAAUCGUUUGAGCAACGUUUUUUCCAGUCGCUAGGCGGUGCUGCUGGUCGGAGGACCGUCGACCUCUCUUCAAACAGAAGAAGAAGUCAACUAUCCCAGAAUCCUCUUCGUUUUCAUCGACUUUCUGCUGUUUGAUUUACAUCCGUGGAGCCUGCUAGCUGGCUGACACCGUCCACUAAAUGUUACCAUUUCAACGUUUCUGUUUCUGAAUAAGUAAUAAUAUCGCUAGAAGAUGAUCGGCACUAUCGGUGUCCGUGAUCGGUGUUGUGACAUUUGAUCGUGAAACGGAAGAUCACAUAUGAAAGCCUUUGGCGUUGCGAGUCGAGUGUUAAGGUGAUGGCGCCCACCAGGAUGAAGCUGCGUGUGCGGAGGAAGGACAGCGGGGGAGGGGGGGGAGGAGGGAAGACCACCCCCUCCCGCUCAGUGUCAGCCGAGGCGUCUCCGGACUCCAAGUGUCCCAUCUGCCUGGACGUGUUCCAGAACCUGGCCUACCUGGACGCGUGUCUGCACCGCUUCUGCUUCCGCUGCAUCCAGGAGUGGUCUCGCAGCAAGGCCGAGUGCCCGCUCUGCAAGCAGCCCUUCUCCUCCAUCCUGCACUCCGUCCGCGCACACGACCACUUCAAGGAGUUCCGGCUCCGCCCCCCGCCCAACCACGCCCCGGCCAGCGCUGCCGCCGGCACUGCCUUGACGACGGACGGCAGGCGCCGGCACCGACAACGGACCCUCUCUCGUGGGGGCCGGGCGGGCGAGGGGGGCACGAGGGGCGGGGGGAGGGAGAGGAGGCGGUCGGGGCGUAACCGUGGGAGACCGACCACCUCGCCCCCUCCUCCUCCUCCUCCCGUGGGCGGGGCAGGGGGACAGGAGGGGGAGGAUCCAGGGCUGAGCCUCGUCUUCGGGUCGUCGUCUGUGUUGCCUAGAGACGGGGGCAGGCUGCUGAUGCGCCUGGCGUCUCGUCUCCGGGUCCAGCCCGAGGGCGCCAGCGCCCGCCGCCUCCACCAGAGGGCGCUGCUGGGCUUCCGCCGCCAGCUGUACCGCACCGGCGUGCGCGUCCGGGGCGUGCAGGGCGGGGCGGACGACGACAUCACGGCGGCGCGCUACCAGCACAACCCCGACGCCCUGCAGCGCCUGCUGCCAUGGUUACACAGGGAGCUGACGGCGCUGUAUGGGUACAACACCUAUCUGGUCAACCUGGUGCAGGACAUCAUCCGCUCUCGUCUCACCCAGACUGACAUGGAGGACGGGGACAUACACGAGGAGCUCCGCCCCUUCCUGCUGGCCAGGACCGACCACUUCCUGCACGAGCUGAGCAGUUUCGCCAGGUCUUCUCUCAGCAUGGAGGCGUACGACCAGAGCGCCGUGUACGAGCUGCCCGCCCCGCCCACCCCCAGCUACGAGGAAGGCUCCUCCUCUUCUGUUAUCGCCAUCUCCGAGGGGGAGGAGCCUCCAGCACUUACGACAGGAAGUGGAGUGAGCAGAACAGGAAGUAUGCUCAGUGAGGCGCCAUGGGAUGAUGAGACUCCAGGCCCAUCCUACUCCACAGCCGAGCCAUGCCAUUCACCCACGCAGCUGUCAAUCAGCCCCAGGGAGCCGGGAACCAAUCAAACAUCUGUCAAGUCCUGCGAGGUGGCGGGGAAACAAACACAGGAGGGGGAGGAGGGGGAGGAGGGGGAGGAGUGCCUGAUCGUGGGCUACGUCAAGCCCAUGGCAGAGAGAACUCCAGAGCUGGUGCAGCUCUCCUCUGACAGUGAGGAGGAAGAGGAGAAGAAAGCAGAGAUGAUGGAGAAUCUUCCAGCCCUCCCCUCCCUCAUCCUUCCUGUCCUCCAUCCCUCCAUCCCUGCCCUGGCCGACCAGACAGAGUCACACACACCCUCUGCUCUGGUCAGGACGGAGAGAGAGAGGGAGCAGGAAGGAGAGAGGGAGCAGGAAGGAGAGAGGGACCAGGAAGGAGAGAGGGACCAGGAAGGAGAGAGGGAGCAGGAAGGGGGUCACAUAGUGCAUUGCUGGAGGGAGGGCAGUUCAGAGGCGAGGAGUCAUAGAGGAGACUCCAGGAGCAGAGAGAGACCAGCAGGGGGCAGCAGAGAGAGGAGCAGGAGUUCUGACACCAGCAGCUCGAUCCGCAGCACCGUGUCGGUGAGCAGCAGGGAACCCUGGGAAGGGUGGUCCUCCAGGGGGAGGACACAAGAGAGACGGAGGGAGAGAGAGAAGGAGAGGUGGAGGAGGAGAGACCGGGAGCGGGAGAGGCGUUGCCAUAAAAGCCGUGGUCGAGCGACAGAGAGGUGGAGGGUGAAGGAGAGGGGGAGAGACGGAGAACAGGGGAGGGAGAGAGACAGGGAGAGGGGCAGUGGUGUCUCUCUCCUUCUCUCCAGACGGCCCCCAGUGGAAGGUUCCUCGUCUCGUUCCUCCAGCAGCGGGCGUUCCAGGAGCAGCCACAGCCGGGGCGGCACUAGCUCCUCCUCCCUCUCUGGCUCCGCCUCUGUUGGCGGAGGGGGCAUCCGGAGGGACAAACCUGGAGGGAAGAGGAAGUACAAGAGCAGACACCUGCAGGACCCAACCUGGCAACCCAGCUCUGACAGCACACACAGGGGGAGAACCUGGCAACCCACCUCUGACAGCACACACAGGGGGAGAGACGCAGAAGGAGAGAGGGAGAGAGGGAGGCCGGAGGGAGAGAGGAGGAAGAGGAGGAGGAGAGGAGGAGAGAGCAGUACCAGUGUGAGAGAGAGGACACUGAGCCGCAGCCCCAGUGUUGAGAUCAUCUACGAGGGCACCACCUCCCUGACCCCGCCUCCUUGCCGCAAACGCCACCCCCCCCGGCGCCAGCGCUCCCCUCUGGUCAUCACCAUCGACAGCGACAGUGACCAUGACGACCACGGGCACUCAGGUCCUCCUCCAGCCCUUAGCGACCAGGCGCUGUGUCUCUCUGACCCCUGCGUGACCCCGGCGACGCCCCCAGCUGUGGAGCCCUGCCUGGACCUGGGCGUCGACCUCAGCGACCUCCCCGUGGACAUCCUCCACCACACCCCCGACCCCUGCCUGACCCCACCCCUGGAGCAGAGAGGCGGGAACAAGCUGACCACUAGACCUGCUGACCCUGGGGUCGUGACCUCUAACUCUCAUCUCUUGGAGACCAUCCUGCAGGACCAGGAGGUCAUCACCCAGCCUGACCCUGACCAGGACCUGGAGGUCAUCACCCAGCCUGACCCUGACCUGGACCUGGAGGUCAUCACCCAGCCUGACCAGGACCUGGAGGUCAUCACCCAGCCUGACCAGGACCUGGAGGUCAUCACCCAGCCUGACCAGGAACUGGAGGUCAUCACCCAGCCUGACCAGGAACUGGAGGUCAUCACCCAGCCUGACCAGGAACUGGACCAUACUGCCACCCCAGCCCACCCUGGGCCAAUCAGGGGCUCUGCUGGGGGAGGCAGUCUGCCACCUAGAGACUCACCCCCCCCACACACACACCUGCCUGUCUCUCCUGUGUCUCACACACACACACACCUGCCCAUAUCUACAUCACACACACACCUGCCUGUGUCUCACACAUACACACACCUGCCUUCAUCUCCAUCACCUACCCACCUGUCUGUCUCACAUGAUGACAGUUUAAUCCAGCGAUCGUCUUUAACACUCAAACCCUCCCUCCCUCCACCCCUCCCUCCACCCCCUCUCCCUCACUCCCUCCCUCCACCCCCUCUCCCUCACUCCCUCCCUCCACCCCCUCUCCCUCACUCCCUCCCUCCACCCCCUCUCCCUCACUCCCUCCCUCACUCACUCCCUCACUCCCUCCCUCCACCUCCUCUCCUUAACUCUGCUCGGACUUCCUCUGUCUUCCUCCCUCCCCCUCUGCUGCCCCCCCCCUCACCCAGGGGCAGAGCAGGCCUCUCCCUCACACACUCCCCUCUCCUCGCCCCUGCCCCCCCAGCCUCGCCCUGCCCCCCAACCCACACUGAAGAUGCCUCUACCAGGAAACAGAAUGCUGUAGACUCAGACACACACCAGUACAGUCUGCAGCAGUGA